AUGGUUGGUAACAUCAAUGAUCCCGGAGUUGUCGAUCCAGAGCUUGCCGACGAUGAUAUUAUGUACCGUCAGCGGGAUCUUAUUCCAAGUGAAAUGGUGUCCCGUACGGCGCAAGAUGAGGUGGCAGAUCCCGAUCGGCUCAAUCUGAAGGUACUUGCCACGGAACUUAGUGGACAUGGAGAAAUCGAACCAGGUGUACCAAGCAUCACUCUCACAAUGGAGCGCAGCGACUGGAGGGUGGUGGCUCACCUAUAG